AUGUCAAAGAACACGCAAGACCCGACGACGACGACGACGGCCGUCUCGGCGCCGGGCAAGGUGCUCCUCGCCGGAGGCUACCUCGUCCUCGACCGGGCGUACACGGGCCUGGUCUUCGGGCUCAGCGCGCGGGUCAACGUCGUCGCGGGCGAGAUCCGCACGUCGCCCGGCGUGCACCUGACGGAGAUCGUGGUCGAGAGCCCGCAGUUCCUGGACGCGACGUGGAGCGGCUCCAAAAUCAACCCAAACCCCUUCGUCGAGACAACCCUCUCCUACGCCCUCACCUACAUUGCCCGCAUCAGCAAGCAGCGCCCGAACCACGUCCUCACCUCCACCCGCCUCAUCAUCCUCGCCGACAACGACUACUACUCCCUCCCGGAGUCGUCAUCGUCCCAGCCCGCCACCGGUUCCCACGGCCGCUUCGCGCGGUACCCCCACACUCUCGGCGAGGCGCACAAGACGGGCCUCGGCUCCUCCGCCGCACUCGUGACCUCCCUCACCGCCGCCCUCCUCACGCACCACCUCCCGCCGAACCUCUUCGACCUGGGCACCGAGGCCGGAAGGCACACGCUGCACAACCUCGCGCAGGCGGCGCACUGCGCGGCCCAGGGCAAGGUCGGCAGCGGCUUCGACGUCGCGGCCGCCGUGUUCGGGAGCUGCCGGUACCGGCGCUUCUCGCCCGCCCUGCUCGAGGGGCUCGGCGCGCCGGGCAGCCCCGGGUUCGGCGAGGCGCUGGUCCGCAAGGUGGACGAGUUCCAGGCGUGGGAUGUGGAAGUUGACAAGGAGGGCGUCAGCCUGCCCCCCGGGGCGUGUCUGAGGAUGUGCGACGUCGACUGCGGGAGCCAGACGGUCGGGAUGGUGAAGAAGGUGUUGGCGUGGCGCAAGGCGGACGCGGAGGGGAGUAAGACGCUGUGGGACGAGCUGCAGGGCAAGAACGAGGGUCUCGCCGCGGUUCUGAGGGAGGGCAGGACGGAGGAGGUCGGGGCCGCGGUGGAGGGGGUCCGGGGGCUGAUUAGGAAGAUGGGAGAGGGCAGCGGGGUGCCGAUCGAGCCGCCGAGUCAGACGGAGCUGUUGGAUGCGCUGAAGGGCGUCGAGGGGGUGCUUGGGGGUGUUGUUCCUGGUGCUGGCGGGUUCGACGCGCUUGCGUUGGUCAUGAGGGACGACGAGGCGACUAAGAAGAGGGUUGAGAGUUUCUUGGAGGGGUGGAGUCGCGAGAAAGGGGCGCGGGUGAAGUUGUUGGGUGUUUACGGGGAGAUGGAGGGCGCGAGGAGGGAGGAGCUCGAUGUUUAUGCUGGGUGGUUGUCCUGA